UCUCCUGUUCUUCAGGAACUCGACAGUUUGACAAUUUCUCUUUCCUUGUUCCCAUUCUCUCUCUCUCUCUCUCUCUCUCUUUUGAGCCUAGAUAGGAAAACUCUGCAUUGACAACUGCAUGAAGUUUUACGGUGUCAGCAUCACCUACAGCUUAGAGAGUCCAAAUGUCAGCUGCUACGCGGUGGAGGUUGCUCCAAGCCACGAUGACAAGUACGGGAUUCUCUACGUGAACAACUCAGCCCUGCUGCAGAGCCCCGAAUGCAGAGUAAUCCACUACCCUGUGCUAGCUAAAGAGGAGUGGAGCAGGAAGGAAGCUUUCGCUCAUCUUACUGUCAUACUUGAAGGAUCACUUAUACAGAAUGAUAAGAACUGUCCAGACUCCUGUGCUAUGAGCAAAAGGCGACCUGAGUGUGAAGAAUGUGGAGGUUUUGGAGUACUGAUGGGAAAAUGCCAGUGGAGGCAGGGAAGCGGGAAAGGAAUAACCACCAACUACUCCACCUGUACUCCAAGCAUCAAGACAUGUCCAGACGGCAUUUGCGAUGCUGUAGAGAGCAAAGAUAAGAGAAUCUGCCCUCAAGAUUGCACAAGAACCAACAUUAUUGGAGGUCAUCUGAAAGGGAGCCUUGGAACUGGAAUCAAGGCAGGACACGGAGUUUGUCACUGCUUUCCAGGAAUAAGCUGCUACUGUGCGAAAGAUGAUAUCAGGGAUCCUUUUUGUGAUGACAUGUGCAAAAUGGUGAUUGCGGGUGGAGUCCUGCUCUCCUUCAUUAUCUCAGUUGUCCUUUCUUCCUACUUCAUUCAUCGGUACCACAAGAAUGCGCCAAAAACACCCAUCGCCUCGGCAGAGAUGACCUUCCGGCGGCCGGCUCAGGCCUAUCCCAUCAACUACUCAUCCAAUAAUGUCCGUCGACCAUCAAUGGACUCCGAGAACCAAAUGUCAGUAGAUGCAUUUAAAAUACCUGAAGAUCCCAAGUGGGAAUUUCCUCGGAAGAACCUGGUGCUCGGCAAGACUCUCGGCGAGGGAGAGUUUGGAAAAGUUGUCAAAGCGACAGCCUUCCGACUCAAGGGCAAAGCUGGCUAUACCACGGUGGCAGUGAAAAUGUUAAAAGAAAAUGCUUCAUCAAGCGAGCUUCGAGAUUUACAUUCUGAGUUCAACCUUUUAAAACAGGUGAACCACCCUCAUGUCAUCAGGCUGUAUGGUGCUUGUAGCCAGGACGGGCCUUUAUACUUAAUUGUGGAGUAUGCGAAAUACGGCUCCUUACGAAGUUUCCUAAGGGAAAGCCGGAAAGUGGGAACCAGCUACAUGGGAAGCGAUACCAACAGAAAUUCCAGCUACUUGGACAAUCCAGAUGAGCGGGCUCUCACUAUGGGCGACCUGAUCUCCUUUGCAUGGCAGAUCUCCCGUGGCAUGCAAUACCUUGCCGAGAUGAAGCUUGUUCAUCGUGAUUUAGCAGCCAGGAAUGUCUUAGUAGCCGAAGGGCGUAAAAUGAAGAUUUCUGACUUUGGUUUGUCUCGCGACGUUUAUGAAGAAGACUCUUAUGUCAAGAGGAGCAAGGGUCGAAUACCUGUAAAAUGGAUGGCCAUAGAGUCCCUCUUUGAUCACAUCUACACGACCCAGAGUGAUGUAUGGUCAUUUGGAGUGCUGUUAUGGGAAAUUGUGACCCUCGGAGGUAAUCCAUAUCCAGGAAUUGCUCCAGAGAGGCUGUUUAACCUCUUAAAAACUGGCUAUAGAAUGGAGAAACCGGAAAACUGCAGUGAGGAGAUGUAAGUAACCUCAGAUCAGAAGGAUCAUAUCCAGCCCAAGGAUUACAAUCAGCUAUUUUCUCUUAGAUUUCUGCAAAUUGGAUGAAUAGGAUCGUGGUGGACUUCAAAUAUUUUAGCAAGAGGUUUUCUGC